AUGCUUCGCUCAUAUGCUGAUAACAUAUCUGGUAUUGAAGUUAUACUCGGCCGAUUAAAACAUUUUGAAUUAAUAUUGUCUGUUGCUGAAAAUCAAAUUAUUCGUGAUUUAAUUGAAUUUCUUUCUUUAUUUGAAUCAGCAACAACAAUAUUAUCAGCAUCAAAAUCUUAUCCAACUAUCAGCUUAUGCUUACUGUUAAGAAUAGAAAUCGAAUCUCUACUAUGUACCGAUGGAAUAAAGUCAUUAGUCAUCCAAGAACUAAAAUUUUUGCUGUCAGAAAACUUGGAUAAUCGAUUUCCUGUGACUCCUCUGAAUAUUUCUGCAUUUUUACUUGAUCCAUCUCAAUUGAAAAUUGAUAUUAGUCGUUAUUUAGCUCAAUGCCAAACAACCAAAGAAUUAAUAUUAUCCGAUAUGAUUAAAAAGUUCAAAAUCAAUCAUGUUACAGAAGCAUCUGCAACCAACUAUAUAUCAGAAUUAUCACCAUCACAAUCAUGCUCAUUAAUAAUAACAACAACAGCAACAUCACACCGAAGUUCAUCAACAACAACAUCAUCUACUUCAAUGAAACGCAAAUUAUCAGUGGAAAGUUUAAAUUCACCGGUAAAAAACUUGAAAAAACUUAGAGUAAAUUUAAUUCAGAAACAUAAACCAACAUCAACAUCUAACUUUGAUCAUAUUCUGAACGAAAUACAAAAUUAUCUACAAUUAGAUGUUAAUUGUGAUGAUGUGCUUCAAUUUUGGCAAUCAUCAGUGGAUGCAUACCCUCAUCUAAAAAGUCUUGCUCAAAUUGUUCUUGCUAUUCCAGCAACAUCUACACCAAGUGAACAAGUCUUCUCGACAACCGGUCUGAUUCUCAAUGCCAAAAGAACAAUGUUACUACCGGAAAAUGUUGAAAAAAUACAAAUGAUUCAUGAUAAUUAUAAUUUAUUAAAAAAGAGUUGA